AGGAUCGAUAGGUUAUGCUUCCGUAAAAAUGUUGACUUUUCGAUUGAUUCAUAGGUAUUUGGAUAUUUAAAAGGAACAAAUCUAAGCAAAAUUUAUUGUGAAUAGAACGGCAUGGUAGUUAAUACGAUCAUCUAAUGGAAUGCAUUCCAAGACUAUUUAAAAAACAUAGCCCGAGAUUAGGAAGCAGCACUUCAUCUAAGGAGUAAGGACCAAUAAUAGUUAUUUUAGUCGAAACAACACACUACACAGUAUGGUUUUUAUAAUUCGAAUGUUCCAUAUUUGAUCUAUGUGUUUACAUAUCUUUAUAAUAUGACUAAGUUUUUGGUUUGAUGUCUGCUCACUUAUAUCUGAAAAUGUCCAAUAAUAUAUUACUUUCGUCAUAUUAUUAACAUUAAUAUACCUAGCACACAGCACGUCAUUUGCAAAAAAAAAUCCGUAAAGUUCUCUGUAUUGGAACCAGUUUCUGCGUUCAUAUUACUCCGCCGAUUCUUCAUCAUGUUUCUUCUCCAUCACAACAAACUCAUAAUCUUCGACGUUGAGUGAACGUUGGUAUCCAUCAUGACACAGCAUCCCACUCAGUGGCACAUGCGACUAGACACGCUCGUGCAAAUUUUUGUUUCCCUCCAAGAGGCAACUUUUUCGUUCAAGUUUGCAAAUUUGUUUACAUCUUGCCAUUUGAUACCACGCGCAGGGUUAAAGCAAAUCAGUUUCCAUUUCUUAGUAUGUCCCUAAACCUCAUCCUAACUUCUACAGAUGGAGUUCUUUACGAAAUAGGUAAACACCGUGUUUGUAAUUCCAAUCAUAACUCUGUAAGAGAGGGGUUAAUUUUUGCUUCUAUUAUCAAAUUAUCUCAACAUCCGACUGCUGGAUCCAUGAACGAAUCCGAUUUCGGUGUUUGCAUCCGUAAUAGCUAUCUCCCCAGAUUAAUAACCCCAAAUUUCUUGCAAAUUGAUUAUAUGUGGUGUGAAAACACAACUGUUCAGAAUUAUAACCAAACCGCAACGGCAUUUCUGAUUUUUUUCAGCGAGAACGACAACACCAACAAGCCCGAUGACGGUGGUGAAUGUUCACUUGAUACGAUUUUGGUAGCUGUGGAUGUGGCAAAGUUGGUUGUUUUCUUUGACGAAGACAUUUUUUUUCUUCUUUCGUAGUUAGAAGAUAAUCCUCUUGAUGUUCGCCGACACGACACAGGAAGAUGUCAUUACCGUUUGCUUCACAUGAUCACGCACGCACUACCUUGGAGAGAUGCUUGCGACGUGUGUAUGUCGUAUUAAUAUGGGAUUACUGUUAUUGUUAUUUUGUUGAUUCUAAGAUAUGAUUAUCGUUUAAGUUCAGUAAAAUUUGUGCUCCAUUCGAGGGUGGUAAUGAUAACGAAAAGUUCAACUACAACGUUUGUGAGAGAAAGGGAAUUUCUGCACACGGCAAUAUUUAAUUAAUUAAAUAAGAAUAACGCCUGACCCCACCCUAUCAUAUCAGCUAACUGACUUGGUUAUGAUUCACAUAACUUCUUACGGGGGUAUUGUAGAUGAAAUAAUUAAAUAAUUGUUCAUACCAAAGCCAUCAUAUCAAAAACCAUUUUUUUAUUAUAGUUUUUAAAGUAAGCCAAUCUCGAUAUCAAAAUAUUAAGUGCAAUUAUCAAUCUGUAAUUUUGCCUUCUCGUAUUAGUUAUACAAUUUAUGAAAUCCAUUUGAAGAUCUGCUAUUGUGAAAUCCUUAUUUCCAUAGCCUAUAAACUUAGGAAACUUCGAAUAAAUUUUCAAUAUUGAAACUUCGUCGAUUACAGCUAUGCGCUUGAUCGCUCAACUAUAAGAAAUGGGUAUUGAAGCGAACUGUUCCUCACGCACUGCAAAUUCCGCAAGCUGUAGAACUUCCAUCGACUGUGUUGUUCUUCUUUCAGUUUCUUGAAUUUGUUGGCAGAAAACUUCCCCGAAUCAAUUAUCUCCGGGCAAAUUUGCUAAUUACUUUUCGCACCCCUUUUCUCCAUUCGUCAGGCAGGAGUAAGUCGAGCAUUAACAUUCGCAUUCCUAAUCGGCGAAAAACUUUGUAGUGCCUCCGAGCCAGAAGAGCGCGCCCAUAUUUAUGCUGGGUAGAAGUCAGAGUUUUGGCACACUAAAAAUAGGGUUUUCUCAAAGCAGUAGCCUUGGGUAACAGCCGUUUUCAGAUGAGACCGCCACUGGAAGAGUCAAGCAUCAUCAGUGAUUAAAAUUUGGCCCAAACUGGAGAGUGCAGAAACUCUAUCUAAAUGUGGUAGGUAUUUCUUCUUAAAUCUUCCAUUAGGCCGUUACAAAUAUUUAUUAAAAAUUAUGUCCUACUGGUCUCCGAAAGGUCAAGGUAGGAGGAAUAAUAAAAAAUACAUUUAAAUGCAUAUUAUUCGGCUACUCGGCUGUAAGAAAAUCAUUUUUUGCCUUUCUCGUACAACAAAGUUGCAAUUUUUCAUAUAAGGACUGUAUCGAAAAUAAGUUAUCCACAUUUUAUUCGAAUAAAAUCGGAUGAAUUUUAAACAUUUAUUAAAAUUUGUCUAGCAAUAUAUGUAAAUUCUGUUGGUUAAGUUUUAUGGAAAAUUAUAAUAUUGAAUAAACAUUGCACUAUUCCAACAUUUAUUCAAGCAUUUUUUUUCCUGGUCACAAAUCGGCAUAAAACUGCCUCGUUUUAUAACAUGAUUACUCUCUGGUCAAAAUUCCGGUUACUUGAUUUUGAUUUUCUUCCUUUUCCGGUAGGUUAGUGAACGUGCAGUAUUCCCCAAGCUUGUUGACCAUGAAUUUUUACCUUUAGGGGUGGAUAGCGAAACGCUUGAUCAAAUUAUUCAUCUCGAUGCCCUUCUUACGGUGCUAUGUGUCCAAAACUUGAAUUUCAAUAUUACUUUCACAGUCUCACAGUUGAGGUCGAAAUACGUACUGGAGAGAUAACAAAACGUGGUCGAAUUUAAUGGAAAGUACUAAACUCGUCUUAGACUUAGACAGUUGAAGACAUUCCACUAAAUUAGCUUAAAUAAUUUUCGGAUUUGUUAAAGCAUAUUUUGAAAAUCCUUGAAACUUUCCGAAAUUGACUCGGGUACCCCCUCAAAACAUUAUUUUUGGGCAAAACAAUCCAAGGGGGGUAUAAAAAUGGGUGUCAGGCCAUUUGGCCGAACGGUCAUUGCAUCAAAUUGCGGUCAAACAUCGUUAGACCGAAUUAGGGAAGUUCUUUCUUCACCAUACCCCUUCUUCCUUCUUCCUUCUUGCAUCUUCCUUCUUCUAUCGGUCUUCUUCCUUCCUCAUUCUUCCUGCUUUCUUCUUCCGUCUUCUUUCCUCAUUCUUUAUGCUUUCAUCUUCCUUCUUAUUUCUUAUUUCUUCUUUCUUCCUUCUUCCCUUUUCCUUUUUCCUUCUUCCUUCUUCCUUCUUCUUUCUUCCUUCUUUUUUCUUCCUCCUUUCUGCUUUCCUCUUCUUUCUUCUUUCUUCUUCUUUUUUUUCUUCCCUCUUCCUUCUUUAUUCUACCUUCUUCCUUCUUCUUACUUCCUUCAUCCUUCUUCCUUCUUCCUUCUUCCUUCUUCCCUCUUCCUUCGUAUUUCUUCCUUCUUUCUUCUUCUUUCUUAUUUUUCCGUUUUCUUUCUUCUUUCUCCCGUAUUCUUUCUUUCUUCUCCAUUUUUCCUCCUUCUUUCUUCUUUUCCGUUUUCUUUCAUCCUUUUUCCUUCUUUCUUUUUUCUUUUUCCUUCUUCUUUCUUCCUUCUUUCUUCUUCCCUCUUCCUUCUACCUUUUUUCUUAAUCCUUCUUCUUUCUUCUUUCUUCCAUUUUCUUCCUUCUUUCUCCCGUCUUCCUUCAUUCUUCUUCUUCCUUUUUUCUUUCUUCUUCCUUGUUCCUUGUUCCUUCUUCUUUUUUCUUCCUCCUUCUUCCUUCUUCCUUCUUCGUUUUUCCUUCUUCCUUCAUCCUUCUUCCUUCUUCCUUCUAUCUUCUACCUUCUUCCUUCUUCCUUCAUCCUUUUUCCUUCUUCCUUCUUCCGCCUUCCGUCUUCCUUCUUCCUCCAUCUUCCUUUUUCCUUUUUACUUCUUCCGUUCCCCUUAUACCUCAUUUUGCACUACUCACUUCCCACUCCCCAGUUCUCAUUCGGCCUUCAUUCUUCCGUCUUCCUUCUUCCUUCUUCUCCAGAAUCUUUUCGGAAUCGGAAUUUUCAGCUCGGAAUCUCCAGAGGAAGAGACUCUCAUAAGUAUCUCGUAGGUGUUUCAGGAGGAACAAACCAGAGUCAAAAAAAGAUGUUCUCAAGAAUAAGUUGGGAACUUUUUUUCUUAAAUAAUUUCUUAAGUUAUUCGCAUAGCGAAUCCUUGAGAAAAUUCUUAAACAACACUAAGAGUAGCGCAUAGAAAUAUUCCGGAUGAAGCUGCCAGAUAAAUUUUCACAGAAAUUAUAAAAUUCUGUUGAAUAAAUAAUAAUAAGAUGUUUAUCGUAGAGUAACUUAAACACUUGUUAUUGAAACAGAAACAGAAA